AUUGUUUGUUGAUCAUCCUGUUGCUUCAAUGUGAACUAUUGUUUUCAUCAUUAUCAUCAUCCAAAGUAUAUCUACUCAUUUAAAACGAAUCAUUUCGAAAGGAUAAAAGUUAAUCAAUAACGAAAUAUGGGGGAAACAAUGGAAUUAAAACGUAAGAUGAGGCCACUUCGAAUCCGAAUGUUGGAUGGAUCAGUAAAAACGGUUCUUGUUGAUGAAUCCCAAACAGUGGCCAAUCUAAUGGUAGUUAUUUGUACUAAAAUAGGUAUAACAAAUCACGACGAGUAUAGUUUGGUCCGGGAAACUGCUGAUGAGCCCAAAGAAUCUGAUUAUUCAACUCGAACGUUGACACUUCGCCGUGAAAAACGUGACAAAGAUAAAACGUUAGACCGAACGAUGGAACAGUUGAAGAAAAAGUUGAAGACUGAUGAUGAUCUUGAUUGGGUUGACCAUUCAAAAACUUUAACUCAACAGGGAAUUGGUGAAGAUGAAACAUUACUUUUGAGACGUAAAUUUUUCUUCUCUGAUUCCAAUAUUGAUUCGGGUGAUCCAGUACAGUUAAAUUUAUUGUAUGUUCAAACUCGUGAUGCUAUAAUUAAUGGAACUCAUCCAGUGACUCAAGAUCAAGCGGUUACCUUUGCUGGUAUUCAGUGUCAAAUACAGUUUGGUGACCAUUCAGAGGCAAAACAUCGACCAGGUUUUCUUGAUCUCAAGGAUUAUCUUCCCAAGGAAUGGGUUAAAGUAAAAGGAAUUGAGAAACGUAUUUUCACUGUACAUCGUCGCCAAUUUGGUCUCACUGAGCUUGACGCUAAAGUUAAAUAUGUUCAGCUAGCUCGAUCAUUGAAAACUUAUGGAGUAACCUUUUUUCUGGUUAAGGAAAAAAUGAAGGGUAAAAACAAAUUAUCACCAAGACUAUUAGGAGUAACUAAGGAUUCAGUUUUACGCUUGGAUGAGAGGACCAAAGAAAUACUUGAAACAUGGCCGUUGACCACAGUAAAACGAUGGGCUGCCUCACCAAAUUCAUUCACUCUCGAUUUUGGAGACUAUUCUGAUUCCUAUUAUUCAGUCCAAACAGGGGAAGGUGAACAGAUAUCUCAAUUGAUAGCAGGUUACAUUGAUAUCAUCUUGAAAAGGAAAAAGGCCAAAGACCAUUUUGGUAUUGAAGGUGAUGAAGGUUCAACCAUGGUGGAAGAUUCAGUUGCUCCUUAUAAAGCUACGAUACUUCAAUAUCAACCUGCACCAUUACCAAAACUAGCUCAACCCGAAGUUAACUCCAUUGCCAUGCCUGCUGUCCUUAGAGCGGCCACUAAGGAACCUGAAAUAUUCGUUGAACGAUCUAUACCUCCAGUUCAAAUGACUACGAUUAAGGGUCAUGCUCAUGUCGGUCAUGUACCAAGUAGUGAAGUUAAGAAACCGGCUAUCCAUUCAACUGGACUUUCAGGACCUCAGAGAGCUCUAUUGUCAACAAUUGAAGCUGGUAAAGAGGUUAUUAAAAAGGCUGAAAAAGAGUUAUCAUCUAAGGCUAGGUUACCUGAUAUUGGUAAUGACCCAAGUGCCAAAAAAUGGAAACAAAGUCAAAUGGAUGUCAAAAAACAAAACGUAGCCUCUCAAUUAUCUGCGAUGAAUGCAGCUACCGCUCAAUUAGUAACAUUAACUGGAGUUCCACCAAAGGAAUUGGAAACAAUGGCACCUGCUAUUGGAGCAGCUGUAUCGACCAUUACAUCCAAUUUACCAGAAAUGUCCAAAGAUGUUAGAGUUAUCGCAACUUUGAUGGAGGAUGAGGCUAAAGGCGAUGAAUUGUUAGACGCAGCACGUAGAUUGUGUAAAGCAUUCUCUGAUCUUUUGAAGGCAGCAGAACCAACAAGUAAAGCAAGUCGCCCUCAACUUCUCAACUCAGCAGGUCGGGUUGGUGAAGCCUCCCAAGCAGUACUAGCAACAAUCGGCGAGGAGGAAGAAUACGAUAAAGAGACAGCAGAUAUACUUUUAGCAAUAGCCAAACACGUUGCUAAUGCAGCAGCUUCUUUGGUACUCAAAGCUAAAGAUGUUGCAUCUAAAUGCGAUGACACUGAUCAAGCAAAAGUUAUCGACUCAGCAACCCAAUGUGCAUUGGCAACAAGCCAAUUAGUUACCACUGCGAAGGUUGUGGCUCCAACAAUACAGAACCCUUCUUGUCAAAAACAGUUAACUGAGGCAUGUAAAGAGGUUGCUAGAGCAGUUGAAAAUGUCCUGAAAGCCUGUCAACUGUCCUGCAAGGAUCCUAAGCUUCUUUUGGACUUAAGAGAAGCUGCUGCUGCUGUUACACGGGCGCUCAAUGAACUUUUAGACCAGGUUCGAUUAUAUGGAAGUCAUCGAGCCAAAAAAGUUACCGAAAAUGAUGGGGCAGUUGAUACAAUUAUUGAUGCAACAGAUAAACUGUUCAGUUCCACAGGUGAUGCCGGAGAAAUGGUUAAACAAGCCAAAGUUUUGGCUUCGGCUACAUCUCAAUUGGUUACAGAUAUCAAGGGAAAAGCAGGAACACAACCUGAUUCAGACAUUCAAAAGCGACUUUUAGCUGCUGCCAGAGUUCUUGCUGAUGCUACAAGUCGUCUUAUGGAUGCUGCUAAAGGAUGUGCGACCAAUCCUCAUGAUUCAAAAUCUCAAGCUGCUCUGAAAAAGGCCGCUGAAGAUGUGGUUAAUGCUACUAAUACUGCAGUAUCCAACGCUCUGAGGAAGAAGGUAAUCAAUCGAUUAGAGGUAUGCGCUCGUCAAACUGCCGCCGCAGCAACUCAAAAUAUUGCCGCUAUUCAUGGAUCUGGUUCACACAACAGUAAUAGGAUAUUACAUGAUGAAUUGGAAUUGAUAUGCACCGAAGUUUCUGAUUCAAUGCCUUCUGUUGUCUCCGGAAUCAAAGAUAUUCACAGUCAUCCCGAUGAUCCUGUUGCUCAAAUUCAGUUAAUAAAUGCCUGUGAAGCCUUCAUUGAGCCAACCUCACGAAUGGCCAAUGCUUCUAAGGCCGCAAUACCCAAUAUAAUAGACCCAUCGUGUUCCCUCUCUCUUCGAAACUCUGCUCAAGAGCUUGAUGAAGCAAUUUCUGAACUCAAAGUUAGCUUGACCAAGGCACAAGAAGCAUGUUACACUUCAUUUGAAAUUGAAAAUGCAAUCGAAGCUGUUAAAGAGCUCAUCACUGAAGUAGAUGCCAAUAAAAAAGCUGCUGCUCGAGGAAACCUCAAGCCACUUCCAGGCGAAACUAUUGAACGCUGCAUCACUCAAUUGAGUGUCGAUUGUAAAACUGUCGGCUCUGGAAUGGCUGAGCUUCUAACUGCUGCUUCACAAGGCAAUGAGGUUCAUGUUGGUGCUGCUUCUCGAGAUACAACCAUUGCUCUUCGAGAUAUGACACGUUCUGUCCGAGGUGUUGCUGCUACUUCUAAUGAUCCAGAUUUUCAAGUUCGUACUCUUCAAAAUUCUCGAGAUGUUCUUGAAAAAUCAAUUGAAUUGUUCCAGGAAACUAAAUGGGCUUUGGAAAAUAUGAAUGAUAAAGAGCGACAACCUAGGUUAACAUUUGUAGCUAAAAAUGUUUCCAAUGCUUUGAAUAAUUGUAUGAAUUCAAUGCCAGGCCAACGAGAUAUUGAUGAAGCAAUUAGGACCAUUAGUGAAUCCAAUACAUUAUUUUCAAGUGUAACAUCAGUCUCAAGUUCAACUAAGAAAUCUUAUGCAGAUCUUUCGAACAAUUUGAUUGCUGCAGCCAAUAGAUUGAACGAAUCUGCGGCUGAAAUUGUUGCCAACUCUAAAUCUUCAGUCAACUUGUCUUCGGCUUCAAAACGAUUUACCACUGUUUUUGGUUCCUUCGCAACUUCUGGACUGGAAAUGGUUGCUGGUAUUAAAGACGAGUCGAUAAAAAAAUCAAUGGUUUCCAGUUUACACUCGAUCUCUUCUGGAAGCAGCAAACUUUUAUUAUCUGCUCGAUCCGUUGCCUCUGAUCCACACUCAUUGUCUGCCAAGAAUACGCUUGGAAGUUCUCAAAGAUCUUUGAAUGAUUCCAUCAAUAAUCUAAUCAACUUGUGUUCGACUGCUGCUCCUGGUCAGAAAGAGAUUGACGCUGCCAUCAGACGAAUCCAAAUGGCUCGACCUUUGUUGGAAAAUCCUGUUGAACCAGUCAAUUCUGCAAGUUAUUUCGACUGUCUUGAUACAAUUGUUGAAUAUUCACAUAAACUUCGCGAUAUCAUGACCAAUAUUGGUAAUUCAGCUGAAAAGUGUGACACUGAAACCUUCUGUAACUCUGUUCGUGAUGGAGCCGAUUCAAUUUGUGGUCUAAUUGAAACAUCAGCUCAGUCAGCAUACCUUAUUGCAGCUGCAGAUGCUAGUUCAGUCGCUGGUAGACCUGGUUUAGUUGAUAUAUCAGCUUUCCAUAAAUCUAAUGAUGCGAUUACCGAAGCUUGUUUCCAAUUAUCUCAAAGAUCAUCCAGUCAACAGCAAAUAUUGACUGCUGCAACCGCUAUUGCUCGUCAUACAUCGUCCCUUUGUAAUGCGUGUCGAUUGGCUUCAUCAAAAACAACUAAUCCCAUUGCUAAACGACAUUUUGUUCAAUCAGCUAAAGAUGUUGCCAAUGCCACAGCCGCUUUAGUAAAGGAAAUAAAAUCUCUCGAUUCUCAGCCUCAUUCAGAAGUUGUUCGUAAACUCUGUGCAGAGGCAACCAAACCAUUGAUUGAUGCUGUCCAAAACCUUACUGCUUUUGCCUCUUCAGAUGAAUUUGCUGGAAUUCCGGCUCGAAUAAGCGACAAAGCUCGCUUAGCCCAGUUACCUAUUACUAGUCCAGCUAAACAGACUUGCGACUCUUUCUGUAAUCUUUUAAAUACUUCGAAGGUUUUAAUACUCAACCCACAAGAUGGACCUUCAUGGACCAAAUUAUCAUCUAAUGGAGAAUCGGUUGAUUCAUCGAUUGCUUCGUUGAUUGCGGCUCUUCGAGAAGCUGCACCAGGUCAGAAAGAAUGUGAUAUUGCUAUUGAAAAAUUACGUCGAAAUAUUAGGGAACUUGACUCUUCAGGAAUGAGUUUAAUGAACCAAACUUUAUCCACUCGAGCUGAUCAUUCGUUCAAAACUUAUCGAGAAAUUUUGCAUUCAACUAUAAAUGAAAUCGCUGAUAAAAUUGAUCCUCUUCGAGUGACUGGCAAAUGCGAAGCUGAAAGCUUAGGUCACCGAGUGACUGCAUUUUCAGCAUAUUUUGAUCCAUUAAUCGAUAAUACUAUUGGAGCUGUUUCGAAGGUUACUAAUGGAAGAGUUCAAUCAAAUCUAUUGAGUCAAACCAAAACAGUUUGUGAAUGUGGACUGCAAAUGCUCUUUGCCGUUAAAGAGGCCGGUGGAAAUGCUAAGAAUACCAGUUCACAUGCCGAUAUUGACGAGGCUGGAGAGUGUUUGAAAGAAGCUAUAAAUGAUUUGUCGCACACACUACAAACAACUAGUCCAGGUGCAGCUCAUGUUCCUGUUGUAGUUGACUCGAUUAGCAAAUCAAUUGGGCGAAUGGAUGAAAGAUAUUCGUUCAGUGGUGAUCUCAUUGACCCAAGUUUAAGUUUCGUUGAUUAUCAAACACGAAUGGUUAACAUAUUGAGAGAAAUCAAUCGAAUCGCUCAAGAAAUUAAUACAAAAUCAGUGAAUAAGGAAGUUGACCAGUUAAGCGAGCUCACCAAUAAUUUGGCCACUAACUAUUCAAAUUUAACCUUAAAUACCAUUGGUGCCAUAGGAACUACAUCAAAUUACGAAGUCGGUAAUCGCAUUAAAAGCAGCGUUCAAGAACUAGGCAGUGCAUGCAUUCAGUUAACCAAAGCUACUGGUCCCGUUCAGGACGAUCCAGAUGAUUUUAGAGCUCAAAAAGAUGUAACCGAACAAACUCGAAAUGUUUCUGAAAAAGCUUCCUAUGUUUUGGCUGCCCUUCAAGCUGGAUCAAGAGGAACCCAAGCUUGUAUUAAUGCAGCUUCUGUGGUCUCAGGAAUUAUUGGUGACCUGGAUACAACCAUUAUGUUUGCCACAGCGGGAACCCUUAACCCUGAAGAUCCAAAUGAUACAUUCGCUGCACACCGAGAGAGCAUCUUGAAAUGCGCUAAAGCUUUGGUCGAAGAUACCAAAGCAUUGUUUGUUGGUGCUGCUUCAGAUCAAGAAAAAUUGGCCGAUGCUGCUGGUAACGCUGUUGAAGCUAUCGUCAAACUAAGUGAGGAAGUUAAACAAGGAGCAACUUCAUUAGGAUCCAAAAAUUCAGAAGCUCAGGUAUUGCUGUUGAACUCUGCUAAGGACGUUGCAACUGCUCUAGGUGACCUCGUACUUGCAACCAAAUCAGCCUCAGGCAAGAGUAACGAUGAUCCAACCAUGAUAUCAAUGAAGGAAUCAGCCAAGCACAUGAUAUCAAAUGUAACAUCUUUACUAAAAACGGUUAAAACGGUUGAAGAUGAACAUCAAAGAGGAACUCGUGCUUUGGAGCAAACAAUUGAAGCAAUUAACCAAGAGAUCAGGUUAUUUGAUACCUCUGGACCACCAAAUAAACAUUCAACUCCAGAAGAUUUAGUUCGCAUAACUAAACCCGUUUCAAUUUCAACGGCCAAAGCAGUUGCUGCAGGCAACAGUGGUCGUCAAGAUGACAUUAUUGCUGCAGCCAACAUGGGACGCAAAGCUAUAUUUGACCUUUUGGUCACUACAAAGCAAGCAGCAUUUGCCUCUGAAUCCGGUGAACUGACAUCGCGAACUCUUGAAGUCGGCCGAGGCUGUGCUCUUAAAUAUCGCCAAUUGCUGCAAAUGGUUCGUCAAUGCAUACAACGAGCCAGUGGAGCAACAAGUGAAGAGAAACAGAUUCUCAUUGAAAUGUCUCGAGAUAUUGCCUCGUCGGUAACUGAGAUCGUAAGCUGUGCAGAAAUGCUUAAAGGGUCAGAUUGGGUAGAUCCAGAUGAUCCAACGGUCAUAGCAGAAACUGAGUUGCUUGGAGCAGCGGCUUCGAUAGAUGCUGCAGCCAAGAAAUUAGCAAGUCUACAACCCCGUCGAACCAGUAUUAAGUUACCUCAUGAAGACAUGAAUUUUGAUGAAAUGAUAUUGGAAGCUGCGAAAUCAAUAACAUCAGCCACAGCAGCUCUUUUAAGAGCCGCUUGUGCUGCCCAACGUGAACUUGUUGCUGCAGGUCGACUCUCUAACCAUCCUGUUUCCCGAUCAGACGACGGUGAAUGGUCUGAAGGUUUAAUAUCGGCUGCUCGUAUGGUUGCCGCUGCAACACACAGUCUUGUGGAGGCAGCCAACGCUCUCGUUCAGGGUCAUGCAUCAGAAGAGAAACUAAUAUCUGCAGCUAAACAAGUGGCCGCUUCAACUGCACAUCUCUUGGUUGCUUGUCAGGUUAAAGCUGAUCCCGAUUCCAAAACAAUGUUGCGUCUUCAAGCUGCUGGAAACGCAGUUAAGAAAGCAACUGAUAAUCUUGUCCGUGCUGCUCAACGGGCCAUUGAAGCAGACGAAGAAACAAGUUUAGUCAUCAGUAAUCGUAAGGUUCCAUCGAUAGCUCAAGAAAUAUCAGCUCGUGAAGAAAUCUUGCGAAAAGAACGAGAACUUCACGAAGCUCGAGAUAAAUUAGCAGCAAUUCACAAAGCAAGGUACAAUCAGAAAGGCCGGGAAUAUUAUGAUCUAUCUUAUUCAUCUUAAUUUUAACAUUUGAACCAAAUAAUCUUCGCCAAUUUAAAUAAAUAGAAUCUAAGUCACCGAUUUCAUGCCAUUUUCACCUGAAGAUCUAAUCAACAUUUUCAUCAUCGUCAUCGCCAUAAUUAUCAAUUUUACAAAUUCAUAUUUGAUUUUUGUUCGCUUCCUUUUCUUUCAGCCUCUGUAAUCAUCUUCAUCAUCAUCCUCAUCAACAUUAUGACAUUCACUAACAUCAUUUCAAAAAUAGAAUCAUUAAAUUCAUGAUUAAAGAACUAAAAUACAGAACCAUAACAGCACAUUCGUUACUAAUAAAUAAAGACAUCAUAAUAUUAUUAAACU